CAUGAGCUAUUAAAAUGAGCGGCAGGUAGGUAUUGCAGAGGCUUUGACAAUAGUUUUAAACUUUUCUAUCCAUGUCUCAUAAUGCAAUUGUAUAAAAAUGUUUCUUUUAAAUUUAACCCGGCGUUUAGAAUUGCCAAUGUAAAUUGCUUUCUGAUGACUUUUUUGUAGGCUAUUGAUCUAAUACCGGCGAGACGUGAUUUAAGUGCAGUUACUUUGACAAACCUAUCAAGUCAUAUUGAAUGUCUUGACGUGAAGAAAAGUCGCUCUCAAAAAGUUUUGUGUAUUUAGUGUUUGUGUGCGGUUUAACUGUGAUCCCAAAUCACACUACAAUCUUAACAGGUCAACUUAUUUUGACCUUUUUAAACUUUUGAAUACACAUGUACAACUGUUGCACGUUUUCGUCCUUUUUUUUGCAUGUCAUCUUGUGAGCUGAACAGAAAAGUUCUCAAUAUGAAGAGAAUUGGUAGUCCUCUUCAUGAUGUUCACCCGCUGUUGGGCCAAUUUAACACAAACUGUACGUCACCAUUGUUUGGUUUUCUUGGAGGACAGGGGCCGUGAUCAGCAGGUUUCAACUGAGACCAAGAUUGAAAAAGACAAGGCAGUUGCUGUCGAAAGGAGGGGCAUUUUUAUGUUGCUCUUGCAAGUUAUGCAAAGAGUACUGAAACGUUAAACUGUCCGAGAUGUGCACUGAGGUCAAAGUAUAUUUACAAAAGGCAGUUUAAAUAGCCAUCCAACAAAUUUUCUCAGAAGAGUAUCCUUCACUUUUUUGUGCCGUUUAAUUAAAAAUACUGUAUAUGCUUAUCUUCCAGACCUCAUGCGCAGACGACUUCCACCUCCUGUGAAAUAAAUCUGUUAAAGAAAGUGUGGACUCUUAAAACACACACACACACACACACACACAGGCAGUGACACCAUGAACAUUCCACUUGUUUCUUUGGUUAGAUACAUAUUUGAUUCAUCUAGACGGAAGUUCUCCCUUUAUAAUACACCGACUUUUAAAUGAAAGGAUUGCAAUUCAAUUAAAAGGAAGUAGUUGCUGCGGAUGUAGUUCAAUUGAUUGCUGGCUUUCCACACUCUUCUAAAGUUUACCUUCCGUGAUCCUACCCCAACUUCCAUGACAAAGUUUGGAUUUUUUUUUCCCGUCAGCCAGUGAGAUCGUGACGACACAUGACGUCAAGCAAACACGCGGGGAACUCAUUUCCGCCACCAAUCCAACAUGGCGCCCUAGGGAUGUUAUUGUCCUACCAUUCGAACAAUCUUUGUUAUAUCGCCCACGAAUAAGCGGAACCGGCCUGACAACAUUGGCGGAGGCAUGAGAGGAAUAUCCGGGGAUCAUGCUGAGAUCAACCGGCUUUUUCCGUGGGCUUGACUGUCCGUUUUACACAGAAGACACUGAGGGCAAAGGCAGCGGCAAUGGGUGCAACAGACCCUACUGUCACUUCAGGCACAGCCAGCAGAGACGGCAGACCUACGCGGGGGCUACUGUCGAAACCAAAAAGCUCGACGCUGCCCAAAAAGGCGAUUUUCAAUGCGAACAAGGUUAUGACCCUUUCAAACCUGAAGUUGUGAGGCCUCAAGAGCAUCAGAAUGGAACUUCGCCUCGCUCGGGAGACCUCACCGGUGCUCUGGAGAUGGUCAACAAGGCCAUCGAGGAGGUCCGCAAUGAAGUGGAGAGGGAGAAGAAGAAGCUGUUUCGAAUUGGGGACGAGUCAUAUAGUCCCAGUAGAAGAGCAAUUGCGUCCUCCUCUAAUGGUGUUAAAGGUCAAGCAGCAGCUACACACUUGCCGUAUGAUCCUGGCAGUUAUCAGAUGACAUCAGGAGGAUAUAACCCCACCCCUGGUUGCAGCAAGUACACUCUGGAUUCGGACACUCGGGGAAGCAAUAGCAACAGCAUGGAGUAUGUUCCCACUUUGUUAAAAAAGAAUCCACCGCGGACAAAUGCACACAGAGUCACCUCUGUGCCCCCAAGUCCUAAGUACUCAACCAGGACAUCUUUCUCCACAUGUAAAUACACUCUAGAUACUUCAAGGCCAUCUACAGACAUGGAAUAUGACCCACUUUCCAACUACUCUGCAGGGAUCGCAGCAAAGCGCAAGAGCAAUGGCAGCGUGUGCAAUAUUACUGUGGAGGGCAAAAAGACAUAUAGACACCCCGCAUCAGAUGAUGUCGUGCCGCAUGCGAGAGAAACCCCGCAACAGAGCAUCGACACAAACAAGUACACUUUUUCUGAAUCUGAUGGAGAGAGUUCUGGAACCGAGUACAAACCCCUUUCGCUCAGUAGCCUUCAGCAGAGAAAAGCCAACAGCAUGACAAAAGUUGGAGACAGUGUGGCGAAGGAGAAAAAAGAGGGGGUUAAGGGUACCCUCCAAUCAUUGGCGCAGAGGUAUAAGGAGCACUUGGAGACAGGGGAACGUUCAGAGCAGAAGAUGGGUCCAGAGAAAAAGAAGUUAAAAAUUGAGAAGUCGGAGAAAGCAAAAGUAGGCCACACAUCUCUUAUCAAAAAAAGUAGCAAGGAUAAGGGCAAAGAGUCACGAAAUAAGUCUCAGCAAAAAGACCCGACAAAAAAGGAAAACAAGAGUCAUGGGAAGAACUAUGAUAGCCGAAAGGACAUUGUUAAAGUUCAUACUGCUGAUAAAGUUCAUAAAGAACACAAAAAAAGUGACGGGAAGAUGAAUCCAAAAACAAAUUCCAGCAAACGGGUUAAGGACACCGAGAACCGUGCAAGGGAAAUCAGCAAGUUCAAGGUUUCCGACAAGGAGCGAAGCAAGCAGAAGGAGACGAAACAUAAAAACGGUCAAUUAGACGAUAGUAAAAGAGACAAGGAUGGAAAGAAACUUAGCAAAAGCAGCUCCUCGAGCGCCAGCGCAAAGGGCAAAGCCGCUUCCGAACUCAGCAAAGGUAAAAUGAAACGCGGUGAAAAAGUGAGAAGCCUGGAGCAAAAACAAAGAACUCUGAGUCACGCUGAACUUUUUGGGGAUGAGAGCGCGGAGGAGGCAGAACCGAUUGUGGUGGAUGAUAGCGAUGACGAUACGGAAGAAGUACUCGUGAGGAAAUCUGCGGACGCUUUGAAGAGGGGACAACUAAAUAAGAGGAAAGCCUCGGAGGUGACUCUGUCUUCCUCUGAGUAUGAAGAUGACAGAGCCGCGGAAGGGAGCGGGACGAAUAAAGACGCUGCGAUAGACUUGGCACUUUUUCAGGUUGAGUUGGACUUUGACUCCGAUCCCUUGGAGGAGUGUUUCCGGAUCUUCAAUGAAUCUAAGGAUGUCAAGAAGGAAGACAAGGGAAGGCAAGCUAAGCAGCCAUCCAGAGAUUUAGAGGAGGACACCACUGAGAGCACUUUAACCACUCUUUUCCCUGGUCAGAAGAAGAGAGUCUCGCACUGUUCUGCCAAAGGAAGUACUGACGCACCUUCCAAGAAUGUGGUCCGGCCAUACCGGAGACUCACGGCUCAGGAGGUUUGCUAUCAGCGUAUGCAGAUGGCGCAGCAGCAAGCUGCUCACCUUUCUGCCUCAGUCAAACCACCCUCAGAGAGCACACCCAGCCCCAGGUCUUCAGGAGAGAAGAAGCGGAUUGCACACCGUCCCAACCCAUUGACAGUAUCCUCAAAGACAAGUUCUUCAGAUGCUGUGCCAGCUGGUAGCCUGCCUCUUAAGACCCAAACCACAGCUGGUAUCUUGUCAAAAACCACAUCCACCGUUGCACAAAAACGAGUGGCUCACACACCCACUAUGAAGAGUUUUUCAAUGAAGCGUCCCAUCAUCCCCAUGGAGUUUGGGGCCAAAAUCCCGACCGUGAUUCGCCAGCGCUACCUCAACACUUUCAUAGACGAGUGCAUCAAAUUCUGCCCAUCAGAGGAUAUGGCCUUCCAAAUGGGUCUUGAUAAGGAAAAGACGGUAUAUGAGCGCAGUAACAGCAAGAAAAUCUAUGUCAAUGUGGCUGUCAACAUGCUGAACAAGCUCCGUAACAACAGCACCCCCUGCUCCUCGCCUGCCAUCAAGGAGGCAGGUUUACCUGCUUCCCGGAAAGCACAGUCUCACCAGGAAGUUCUGGGUGGCCGCCUUGCAGCUACGACCAGUUUCACUGUCAAUAGGAUGGGUAAACAGCAAGAAGAGAAGCUCAAUGGAGCUGCACUUUACGGGAAGCUGAAGGCCUAUUUAAUGACAGAGGAGCAGCUGCAGGAACACGGAUACCCUCGAAUAAACCCCAACGCUGUUGGGAAGGCUGUUCUCUGCAACCUCCCAGAGAAGAAGGUCAUCAUGGACCCAUUCACCAAGAUAUGCUGCAGAUGUGGUGCUGAGUAUAAAGUCAAUGCCAAGGGUAACUGUCUUCGCAAAGAAGAAUGCGCUUUCCACUGGGGACGUUUGCGCAGGCAGAAGGUGGCUGGAGGCUGGGAGACCAUGUACAGCUGCUGCUCCGCGGCCGUGGGCUCUCCAGGCUGCCAAACGGCCCAGCAACAUGUUCAAGAUGGGCGUAAGGAGUCAUUAGAUGGCUAUGUGACGACGUUCAGCAAAGAUCUCCCGGUAGAUGGCAACGGAGGAGUGUUUGCCUUGGAUUGUGAGAUGUGUUACACGAAGCAAGGCCUGGAGCUGACAAGAGUAACAGUCAUAAACUCAGACUUAAAAGUCAUCUACGACACGUUUGUCAAACCUGAGAGCAAAGUGGUUGACUUCAACACACGAUUUUCUGGCGUGACAGCAGAGGACUUGGAUGGUGCCACCAUCACUUUGAGAGAUGUUCAGGCUGUGCUGCUUAGUUUGUUUAGUGCUGAGUCCAUCCUGGUGGGACACAGCCUGGAGAGUGACCUCCUGGCUCUCAAACUCAUUCACAGUUCAGUGGUAGACACAGCCAUCGUGUUUCCUCACCGACUUGGUUUACCCAACAAACGUGCCUUGAGGAAUCUGAUGGCCGACUACCUCAAACGCAUCAUCCAGGACAGCGUCGAUGGCCACGACUCGAGUGAAGAUGCCACCGCCUGCAUGGAACUGAUGAUAUGGAAGCUGAAGGAGGAUGCAAAAGUCAAGAGAUGACUUCACGCCACCCCUUCAGGCCGAAGAUCACGCCGAGGAAGGGCAUUUGGAGAUGUUGAGACAGUUCAGCCCAGUUUUGAGCACAAACAGGCCAAAAGAACCUCUUGUUGUGGCUUCUUGCCACUGAUGGAGAUAAGCAAUAGGAGGCCCCAUUAUCAGUGUUACUUAUAUUUAUAAUUCAGUCCUCAUUUGUGUGUGAGUCAAAGUGCAUUUAUUUGUCGGUUUCUUGAAGCCGUUCUGACGCCCACGGCCUCAAACAGCAAUUGGAGAAUAAAAGACUUGUGUUGCCUACAGGAGGACGAGGAGGAUUAUUAUCGUUUCUGUGGCAGGCUAAAUUGUACUCGAGGAAAGCUCUUGACGCGUCUCGAGUACGAGUUCUUCAUCUGGGUUAAUCAUGCGUUUACUUCCAGUGGUAAGAAAGUCACUUUUUCCUUGUUGUACGUAAGUGCAUUGCUCUCUUGGAACGUUACCAUGGAAAUGCCAUUGCUGGUUUUCCACAUUGCACCGAUGUCCUGUUUGUAAGAGUCAAAUUGUUUCAAAUGACUUAACUUAUCAUACUUGAUCAUAUUCAGGAAACACAUUGUGUUUGCUCCAAACUGUUUAAUGCAUUUACACAGAAGGCACUGUACUUUUUAAAUACCAUCUUUGCCAUGUGCUGUGCAUGAAAUAGAAUAUUCUGUAACAUACAUUUCUUAGUUUAGUGUCAUUGGCCUGCACAAGUAAAUUCAGUCUCUAUGAGGUGCCCUGUUAUGUUGUUAGUUGGAUAAUGACCACACAGACUGCUGUAAAUAAGCUCUAUGCAGUUUUCUUUUGUAUUUCUGUACUUUUGGUUGUUUCUCUUUUCUAUUAAAAGGGUAUUCGUUAAAAAAAAA